GACUCUCUCUUUCUCUGCAGGUGGCGUUGCUGCCGAAUGGGACAGCCCGGGCCCCUUGGAUGAAGUGGCUGCACGCACCAUGUCAUCAUGUGUCACUAGCCAGCCCAGCAGCGACCGGGCCGCCCCCCAGGAUGAGCUGGGGGGCGGGGGCAGCAGUAGCGAAGGCCAGAAGCCCUGUGAGGCCCUGCAGGGCCUCUCGUCCUUGAGCAUCCACUUGGGCAUGGAGUCCUUCAUCGUGGUCACCGACUGUGAGCCGGGCGGUGCUGUGGACCUCGGCCUGGCCAGGGACCGUCCCCUGGAGGCCGAUGGCCUAGAGGCCCCCCUUGAUGCUUCGGGGCCCCAGGCUCUGCCCCACCUCUCAGGUCGCAAGCUGUCCCUGCAGGAGCAGUCCCAGGGUGGGCCGGCGGCCAGCAGCAACCUAGACAUGAACGGCCGCUGCAUCUACCCGUCCCUGCCCUACUCGCCCGUCAGCUCCCCGCAGUCCUCGCCGCGGCUGCCCCGGCGGCCCACUGUGGAGUCUCACCACGUCUCCAUCACAGGGAUGCAGGACUGUGUGCAGCUGAAUCAGUAUACAUUGAAGGAUGAAAUUGGAAAGGGCUCCUAUGGUGUGGUCAAGCUGGCCUACAAUGAGAACGACAACACGUACUAUGCGAUGAAGGUGCUAUCCAAGAAGAAGCUGAUCCGACAGGCUGGCUUUCCACGUCGCCCCCCACCCCGAGGCACCCGUCCUGCCCCUGGAGGUUGCAUCCAGCCCCGGGGCCCCAUUGAGCAGGUGUACCAGGAAAUUGCCAUCCUGAAGAAGCUGGACCACCCCAACGUGGUGAAGCUGGUGGAGGUCCUGGAUGACCCCAAUGAGGACCAUCUGUACAUGGUGUUUGAACUUGUCAACCAAGGGCCCGUGAUGGAUGUGCCCACCCUCAAACCCCUGUCUGAAGACCAGGCCCGUUUCUACUUCCAGGAUCUGAUCAAAGGCAUCGAGUACCUACACUACCAGAAGAUCAUCCACCGGGACAUCAAGCCUUCCAACCUCCUGGUUGGAGAAGAUGGGCACAUCAAGAUUGCUGACUUUGGUGUGAGCAAUGAGUUCAAGGGCAGUGAUGCCCUCCUGUCUAACACCGUCGGCACACCUGCCUUCAUGGCACCUGAGUCGCUCUCGGAGACCCGCAAGAUCUUCUCUGGGAAGGCCUUGGAUGUUUGGGCCAUGGGUGUGACGCUGUACUGCUUUGUCUUUGGCCAGUGCCCGUUCAUGGAUGAGCGGAUCAUGUGUUUACACAGUAAGAUCAAGAGUCAGGCCCUGGAGUUCCCAGACCAGCCUGACAUAGCUGAGGACCUGAAGGACCUGAUCACCCGUAUGUUGGAUAAGAACCCGGAGUCAAGGAUUGUGGUGCCGGAAAUCAAGCUGCACCCCUGGGUCACGAGACACGGGGCCGAGCCGUUGCCAUCGGAGGAUGAGAACUGCACACUGGUCGAGGUGACCGAAGAGGAGGUGGAGAAUUCUGUCAAACACAUUCCCAGCCUGGCGACCGUGAUCCUGGUGAAGACCAUGAUUCGGAAACGCUCCUUUGGGAACCCAUUUGAGGGCAGCCGGCGGGAGGAGCGCUCGCAGUCUGCCCCUGGGAACCUGCUCCUCAAAAAAACAACCAGGGAGUGGGAGCCCCUGUCUGAGCCCAAGGAAGCAAGGCAGCGAAGACAGCCUCCGGGGCCCCGAGCCAGCCCCCGUGGGGGAGGAGGAAGUACUCUUGUGAAAGGUGGUCCCUGCGUGGAAAGUUGGGGGGCCCCCGGCCCCAGCUCCCCCACACAUGUGCUUCCACAGCAGCCCGAGGAGGCACUGGAGCCGGAGUAGCUGCCUGGACGCUCGACCUCGCAUGCCUGGCCAUGUUGCCCUGCACGGGCUGCUGCACCCUGCGUUUCCAUAGCAGCAUGUCCUACGGAAACCGAGCACGUGUGUAGAGCCUUGACCGUCACCUCUGGUUAUGUGUUUUUCCUUUAUUAUUUUAAAGGGGACAAAAAAAAAAAAAAAAAAAAGACUUGACUCCGUGACGUCGACCUUGGCCGCUGGCUGGCCGGACCGGCGGGUGUGAGGAAUUGCAGACCAAACCCACGUGCGUUUUGGGAUAAUUGCUUUUUAAAAAUGUUUUUAUGCCAAAAAUCCUUCAAAACCAUGUCAGAUAUACCAAGGGAAUGAAUGUGUGCGGGGUUUGAACAGCGCAGAGGAAUGAGCAGGAGACUCCAGCAGGACUGGGGCCAAGGAGCAGAUGCUGCAUUUGAGGAGUGGAAGGAAGGCUUCGAGACUCCUUCUGCAAACCCCGAAUCGAGGCACCUUCCAGAACCGUGGAUGAGCAGGGCUAGCCCUCAGUAGCUGCAGAGAGCAUCAAUGCAACUUAUUUGCAAGAAGGACUUUAAAAUUUUUUUAUGGGUAGAACUGUAGUCAGGAAAACUGAAAGGGCUUGAAGUUUAAUUGCUUUUUGAAGGGGAUUUGCCAACCCUAGGAGCCUUCAGCAGCCGGGGCGGGGGAGAGGUUUGCCUGGAGGACAGAAUGCGGGCCCUUACACCUGCCACUCAAAGUGGGUUUCUGGAAAGGUUGGCUGGGCUCCAGUAAAUCUCUUUGUUCAGUUACAAAAACUUCAGGGUGAAAUCCUACACUUCCAUGUACAUUACAUGGCUUAUGAUUCAACACAAAAAUAUUUUCAAUUGUCUAACUAGACUGAACUCUAGAGAAGUUCAGAGGUUAUUUAGAGCUUCCAGGACACGCCACAGCUUCCCCGUGUGAUCUGAGAGCCAAUGAAAUCUAAUGCCUGUAUAUUAGUAGCUCAGCUUGUUUAUGACCUGUGUAUUCCUGAGCCUGCUGAGGUUCAGUUUGCAUCUUAACCGCUCACUCGCUGCAGUCAGCCAAACACUUUACCUGCUUUGUGGAGGGCUCUGAGGGAAAUACUCUCACUUGGCUGAGACACAAAUGAACAUCCUUAGCGUCAAAGCUUUGGUAGGGUCCACACAGUGACCUUGGAUCACCCUUUUAGAGAAAGGUUGUUGAAACUCAGAGUAUUCCUUGGGAUAUGGAGGAACUGGGUGCUAGCUAGCAUGGGAUGUUCCCUUUUGUAGCCAGAAAAUUUGAUCUUUUGACUUCCAACCAAAAGAAACUUCCCAAUGCUGAGAUGUUUGGCUGAGGUUUGCAUGUGACUCUGCCCAGAGCCACACACUGGUGAGUGUGAAGUUCAAGGGGGUGGGAAACUGGAAGGACUUUGUGCUGGGAGGACUUUGAGAUCUGGUCCUGGGAGGUAAAUUCAGUGCUGGGCCUUGGAAGACUGAUUUUUUUGUGGUUUCAGUUUGAUAAGCCUUGGUUCAAGGACUUUGCACAGAGACAGAAGCAAAGCCUGUGUCCCCUCCCAGCCAUUCACAAAGCCUGGGCAUUCCUUGGCUUCCAUAGAUUUUCUUAAGCUCUUGAUUGUAGUUUAGCCAGGUUUCGCGUGCUGUUGUAGAAGCAGUUAGAAUUAGGGAAUGCUGGUUCCAAAGAGCACAGACUCCAGUGUAAAGAGGGUCGUCUUGCCUGCUUGCUUUGUCUUUGUAACCUAGUAUUUGCGCUUGUCUCCCCACUGCUUUAAAUUUAGGGGAAAUGACCCAGUAGCUCCACCUCUUCUGGUAGCAGAUGGGGUCUGGUGCGUUUGCAAUAAGCACCUUGCAGUGGUUAAAGUCGCCAGUCCUUAGGCUUAGCCCCAGCCCGCGUGCACGGACUCUGCCUGGCUGAGUGGCCGAGGAGGGCAGGCUGCAUGCAGAGCUCUGCAGAACUCCUCUCGUGUUUACACGCCGCAUCGGGCAAUGCCAUUUCUCCCCACCAUGAACUCGUCAUCCCAGAUGUCUUAUGGGGAAGCCCAGUGGCCAGGCAGCACCUAGCCAUUUGGGUGGGUGGGGUGGGGGAGGUCCACACCAUAACUUUUAUUUAUUUAGUUUUUAAAAUAAACACCAAAGAAAGCUGUGGAAAGGAACCUCUCCUCGUGGAAAGCAUAAGUAGACAUGGCUGUCACUAGGGCCACCACUCUUGGAGCACAAACGUGGAGUUUUUAAAAGCCAGCUUGGCCAGGAAAAGGGAGAAGCUGUCAGGAGCAGCUUUUUCCAGUGGGCAAAAAGGAUGCCUGUGCUUCCUCGAGUUGCUGGCUCCUCUGGGACCAGUGUGGUGUGAGCCCUGCGGCCUGCACCUGUGGCCUGGAAGAAAGCACAAGCCUCCCACAUGCUUUUCUUUUCCUCUGCCUGUUUCCACCUCCCCUGUCCAUUCCAGAGGUGGCCAGUGGUCCCCAGAAACCUUAUCGAGCCCCCUGUUGGCAUUUGGGCCUGCAGAGGCCAUUACUCUGGCCUUUCCAUGGGGUAGAGCUCCUGUCCACAAAGCCUUUCUGGAACAAGGAGAACCCCUGCUCUGGGGGAGGCUGGGCCAGGCUGUGGCCCUCACCCAUCUUCCCUAGGGCAGCUUCACGUUGCUGAUGGUGGAACCAGGACCCCCACUUGCUUCCAAGGUGCUAGGGAAGGUCUCAUAGUCACGGGUCCCAUCUUUUCUUCAGCUUCAUGGGCCGAGUCUCAUGGGACUUUUGACUUUUCUAUUCUGUGAUAUCUUCGAUGCCCGAUGCUUCUGUUUUAUUCCUGAUCCUUUCUACUAUGCAUUUUCCUUUUAUCAGGUGUACAAAGUUAAAUACUGUGUAUUUAUCACAAGUACAUGAACUUAAGAGAAAGAUAAGCCUUUGGUGUUUUUCCACAAAUGAUUAAGCUUCUCUGUAAACUUGAAAUAAAGAGACAGCAAAAUGGUGCAAA